AUGCCACCAUCCCUUCGGAAAGCAUGCCACUCCUGCACAAUCGCAAAGCGCCGUUGCGUGCCUCAACUCCCACAAUGCACCAGAUGUGCCGAGAAAGGACUGCGCUGCACCUACGACUUGGAACCUGUGACGAAUCUUGAGACAGGUAGCUCUUGUCCACCGCAAACGAUCGCGCAAAGCCCUUGGGAGCCACUAUCUCCGAUCAUCUUCGAUUCCGUCGCUUCGGCCCACGAAGCCGCCGUGCAUUCCUUCACCUCCGACAGACAAGAGAUGCUCCCUGUGAUGGCAAACCAGGAGACGCUCAUGAUGGUUGUCGAGCGUUACCUGAGAUUUAUCCCCUUGCUCACGUUUCAGCAAAGGACCACUCCCUACAUCCACAGCCAGCUGCUGUUGGCCAGUAAGCGGACUUCUGCAAGCGUGGUUCUCCUAGAUAUCGAUGGCUCUGAGGCCACACCAGGUACCAAUGCUGCCUUUUUGAAAAGAAUGCAACAGCAUCUACUUUCUCUCAAAGUCGAACAGCUGACAUUCACUGAGUUCCUGCCCGCAUUUCACACGCUGGCUGCUGUCCUGCUCUCCUUCGUUCUGAACUUAGACCGACUACCGCCUAUCCUACUUGAUCUCUGGGCAACAUGGACAAACCAUUUCCACACGACACUUCCGCGAACGCUCAGUAGCGACUUGUCGGCAUGGCAAGCCUGGUGUACUGCUGAGAGCGCGCGCAGAACCUUUCUAUAUAUCCUUCUUCUUGAGGGAAUAGUGGAAACAAGCCAGAAGGGAUACUGCCACUACCGCCCUAUGGUGGAGUCUCUACCCCUCGAUGUAAGGACAGGUCUCUGGGAGGCAGAAACGGAAGAAGAGUGGCAAGCUGCUGUGGCUAUCCAUGGCGGCGUAGAGUCAGAAUUGAUUUCAUGGGCCGAGUUCAUUGGAAGUGGCGGCCCAGAGCCUCGUCAAUGUUAUGACGGGAUGCUCCAGCGGAUGCUUCUUAUGAUUCACUUUGGUAAGGCCGCUGCUGACCUCCAGUAG